AAUGCCUCGCGCACACGCGUUCCGAAACAACCACCGCGCGGGCUUGGCUGCAGUGAAGACCUCGUGUGUCGCAGAGGAGAGAAAACCAAACUGUUUUCUGGAGGUCUGAGCCGUUGCAGAGAUGAGCAGCAUUGAGUGUUACAGUUGUCUCGGCAGUGGUCACUAUGCCAAGAACUGUCCAAACGGAGGAGGAGGGGGAGGAGGCGGAGGCGGAGGAGGAGGAGGACGACAAGUGAGGGAUCGCAAAGAUCCGUUCUGUUAUCGCUGUGGGGAGCUCGGACACAUGGCUCGAGACUGUGAAAUGUCUGAAGACGUCUGUUAUAACUGCCAAACCACAGGCCACAUCUCCAGAGACUGCAAGGAGCCCAAGAAGGAGCGAGAGCAGAAAUGCUACAACUGUGAUAACACCGGACACCUGGCCAGAGACUGCAAGGAGCCCAAGAAGAACGACCGCGAGCAGCUGUGCUACACCUGCAACAACGCGGGUCACAUGGCCAGAGACUGCCCCUCCACCAACAAGCAGAAGUGCUACUCCUGCGGAGGCUUCGGACACCUGCAGAAGUCCUGCGAGAAGGUCAAAUGCAACAGGUGUGGGGAGACCGGCCAUAUUGCGGUUCACUGCAGCCAGACGUCGGAGGACAACUGCUACACCUGUGGGAAGCCGGGUCACCUGGCCAAGGAGUGCACCGCCGAGGAUACCACCUAGCCACCUCAUUUCUUCCCUCCUCUAUUCGUUUCCUGUGAUCCUCCUCUUUGGCCCAGAGGCCUGUCAGUCAGCCUCACGGCAGCCAAUCAGAGCAGGCGUAGGAAGGAGAAGGGACGAACGCUUCAAAAAAAAAAAUUUAAUAAAUAAAAACUUUCCUCUGCAUUUCUAAAAGAGAAAACUGAAUUUGGGUUUUUGGUUUGGUAGUGUUGUCAUGAUGUUUUGUUGAAGCUUUGUUGAAGAAUCCUUUCUGCCUGGUUUGGGAGAGCAAAAUGAAAUGUUUAGCUCCUCUCCUUUAUCAUGAAGGGGGAUGGGGGGGGGGAUUUUUAUGGAGGGAGAAAAGGUGUUAGAAUUUUUUUUUUUCCAUUGCGGGGAUUAACUAUCUUCUUGUGGUCAAAACCCAGUUUGUUGAAAGAAAUGUGAUUGGCUGCUGGCUGGAGGCGGGGCCAAUCACCUCGCAGGUCUCAACCCUUUAUUAGCACACAGGGAAACAAAUGAGCCAAUCAGAUCAGGUCACAACAGGACGACGUUUUGUUGAACCAGACGGAUCGAUUCAUCGAUAAGACAAAAAUUAAUAUAAAAAACAAACUUUAAGUCUGUGGGAAUGUUUUCACAAGAAAAUCCAAAUGUUAUUUUUGUAUAUCACUGAGAGCUGCUGUAAAACUGGUUGGUCUGCAGACUGUAAGUUUAACCUGACAAUUAAAAACCAUGGAGGAGAAA